CUUACUCGUUCUGUUCUGCUCUUGGAUAAACAGGAAAGAACACAGGAGUGACGAGGACUGGGUGGGGAUGACUUUUUCAGUGUUUCCACUUGCUUCAUUCAUUGCAAUAAACACUGUCAUGCAGCCAGCAGACUGUCGGUGCUACAGUAUUACAACUAGAAAUAACUGCACCAAACCACUAUACAGCAAGACCAAACUAUCAUCUUUGUUUUGUUCAGGUACGAGGAACUGAGUCACCACUGAGGACAUCGAGAUCUUAAGCAUGGAGGAUUUCAGACUUGUCAGAUGUGAUAGUCUGGAUGCUGGGUCAGACUGUGGCAAGGAUGUGAUGAUUCCAAUGGACUGCAUGACCUUUGAACCUGAGAGUGCUGACCUUACAGUGACUCCUGAGCCUUCAGCUGCAGAACUGGCUCAGUGUGAGGUUGAACUGAACGCUCUGCUCAGCAUCAUCGCUGAGCUGAACAAGAAAAUGGGAUCGGUAAAAGCACCGAGUGAACAAUCAGCACCAUGUAGACCUUUGGUUCCAGACCUCCUGUCUCACAGGCUGAUCAGAAGAAGCCCAGAGAGGAGAACCGCUGUCAGUCCCACAUACACACCUGUCCUAACCAAUCAAGGAGGCAGCAACGUGGUGUGGACAAAACUUGAGGAGGUUUUAUCAGCAGUGGAAGACUCUAUCAGCUGCAGAAGGUCCUGGGCUGAACCAAUCACAGCCUCCGAUCAGGCCAAAGUCAAAGAGCAGCAGAGAGCAGCUCAGGAAAGUUGGAUUAAAGCCACUCAGAUACUGGAUGAGAUGGAAAAAGAGUUUGGAAUUUCGUGCCCGUCAGGUUUGCCGAAGUACCAAGACGAUAAUCUGGAUUGGGACAAACAGGAGAAAACUCACAGAAGUACUGUGCAAAAUCACCAGGAGAAGAUGGAGAGAACAAAAAGCACCAACAGGCAGAUGGAGGAGGAGAAGAACAAGAUGAUGGUCCUACAUGCAGCCUGGAAGUCAGGCAGCUGCUCUUCUUCCUACAAACCCUCAGGAAACUCCCCUGCUGGCAGUCUCAGUCCUGACUGGGCCUCUCCUCCUUUCCCUGGUUCUCCUUCAGUCCUCAGAAGAAGAACCCAAGCAGGAGCUCCUGGUGGGGACAGUUCUCUACUGGCUGCUGUUAACUCAGGAAGUCAAUGUCCUAGUCCUGGUUCGGAAAAUGAGACUGAACGGCUGAACAGGUGCAUCGAGAGGCUGAAGGUGAGAAAUGAGCGGCUGACCGCAGCUCUGGAGAGAAGGAAAGGAGAGUCCGAGCUGACCAGCAUCACCCUCAACAAACUGGAAGCUGACUGUUCUGCCAUGCAGACUGCUCUCAGAUACCAUGAGGAGUGUGAAGAGGCCUACAGUGAGCUGCUGUCACUUCACGAGGCCCAGAAACAGCAAAGUGCUCCUCUACAGACACUCACAACAGAACGAGUCAGUAACAUCAUGCAGCAGCCUGACAGUCCAGCAGAUCAGCACAGACAUAUAGGAACGGAGGAGAUUUCCACGUCCUUCUCAGCAGCAGAGAGCGCAGAAGAGACGCACACACAGAGUCACUCAGAGCAAAGGACACCUGACUUGAUGAAGCGAGAAGCUGCUCUACGUCAACAAAUUGAGCGCCUGAAGAAGAACCGAGCUGCCAUCUGUGUUCCUAAAUCUGGUCCAGGGACAGACGAGAAACUGUGCUCCGAUACUGGAGGACCUGGGCUUACAGACAACACCAGAUUUCCUGACAACAAGAAAGAAAGAGCUUCACUGUUCUAUGAGCUUAUCUCCGUCAGGGAGGAGAUGUCAGACAUGCGAGCUCUAAUCCGCUUCAAGGAGAAAGAACUGAGGAGCCUGGAGUGGAGGUUAAUGGCUCAGAAAGCUCAGGACGCAGCUGGAGCUCUUGUCCCAGAAAGCCUCCGAGAGGAGCUGGAGGACCGUAGGAAUGAUCAGAGGCUGUCUGAAAGUGCAGCUAAGACAGGCAGUGACAGUGACACACCGGGCCCUCGGACCGGACCACUUCUAAAAGAGCUACAAGUCAUCCUGCAAAGAGAACAAGCCCUGAAGAGGAGACUGGCUUUGGUUCAGGAUUCAUUGAAUAUGGCUCUAUCAGAUGUUGCCUCCCACAGGAGAGACAGUGGAGAGCAAAUUGCUCGGCUCACUCAGGCUCACAGCAAGGCCUUGAACUCUUACCGGCACAUUCGCAGGAAGUAUAGAGAGCAGGUGUGGAAGCUGGAACAGAAGGUUUCAUCCAUGUCAGAGACUCACCACAACCAAACCGAAGCACAGAAUGCCGCAGUGGAAACCUCUGAGUGGAAGCGGGAAGAGACAGUUCUGUGAUUCUUCAGCCAGUGAUUGAGUCGUCCUCGCCUGAUGUUAUCCACAUCAACGAGAUAGUCAGGGUGGACAGAUUAAAA